AUGGAUCAAUUCCCAUACAUUCCUACUGGAAGAUCACCAAAACGAGAACUUCAAGGUCCUCGUCCUACACCUCUUCGAAUACACAAGGACUCUCACAAGAUCAAGAAACCACCGUUGGCGCCGCCGCAGUUACAACAACAGCAACAGCAUCAGCAACCGCCGCGCCAGCCAAUUAUAAUAUACACCGUCUCCCCUAAGGUAAUCCACACCACACCCGGCGACUUCAUGAACCUCGUUCAACGUCUCACCGGCUCCUCCUCCUCCUCCUCGGUAUCUUCCUCCUCUUUAUCAUCGUCAAACAUAGAUCCUUUCAAUCCUUUUCACGGAGACGGAACAAUAUCACCCGCGGCACGUUAUGCCACGGUAGAGAAAGCUAUGUCUCCUUUAGGAAGAAGACAACAGCAACAGCUACAACACCAACUACAACAACAGCAUCAAAUAGUACUACCAAUAACAACAAGUGCUACUACUAUUAAUACUACUACUAGUGAUGUAAUAAGCGACAUGGAAGGGAUAGAGCAAGUACAGUUGAUGAAUCAUGGAGUUGAGAGAGGAAACAUGAUGUUUCAAGGGAUUUUGUCUCCGGGACCGGCUUCGCUAUCUCCGAUUCCUGCUAACUUUUUCUCGCCGCCGUCUUCGGAUCCAAACAUGUUCAGCAACUUACUUCAAGAUUUCAGUCCUGCACUACUUAGUAGUAGAAAUUUUAUGGAGCCUGGUGCUAAUUUCUUUUUACCUAGUCCUUCUAAUUUUGUUUCACCUCAAACUCCUUCUAUUGAUUUAUUUAACUAUUUCUUAGACUAA